AUGACCUUACGCUUUGCGGGUGCGAAGUGCAUACCAAUAAACGCAGCGACUUGGGCCAGUUCAUCCACAAUCACCUGCAACUUCUCCUCUUCCUCGAAGCAUCUAGCUCCGGCCAUCAACAUGACAAGCGUUCAAAAGAAUUCGUUUUAUCACUACCCAGAUGACCAGAUUACAAAUCUGCAAGAACAGCCUUUCGGUAAACAACCAAAUGUUGUUAAAGGAUUCACAAUCGAGGAGUGCAGGAAUGAGCCCUGUACACUAAAGACUGGCCAAACGCUAACAGGAUCCAUGGUUUUUGAACCAACCCAUGAGUUUCCUGCCAUCGUUCCGUGGGUGCGUGUGACGGGAACACUUGGCCUGAAUUAUUGGAUAAAAUUUCCGUCUCCGUAUGUGGACGGAUGCAAAUUUACAACGCCUCCGUGUCCAAUAAAGUCUGGAAGCUUUUAUACGAUUGAUAUUCAGACAAAAGUGCCAAAACGAAAGCCUGAAAAGAAUCACGCUGCUCAAAGAAUCGCACAUCCCAGCCCAAUGACCUUAAAUGUGACGUCCGUUGCAUGCUGUCCAAAAACCGAAGUGUUACAAGCCAAUGAUGGCAAGGCACUGUAA